CACCAAAUCCCCCUUUCCCAUUUUCCCUUUAUCGUGAGUGACGAACCCUAUCUUCUCAUCCAUAACUAUCGAAUCAGUUCUCCUCCCAAGCCCUCUCCAAUUGCUAAAUUUUUUGUGCUUCCCGUCGCUAUCUACGGAUUAAGGAAGUGAUCGAUUAGUAUGGUUCUGUUCGAGGAUUGAGGGAUUGAAUCGCGGGCUCGAGAGGUGGACGAGGAAGGACUGAUCAGAAAAUAAAUUUUACGGUCUGAACGUUUCCAGACGAAACCACAGACUCGAUAGCUAGGGGAAGGGCUGAAUGGCGAAGAAACUCCAUACUUGAAAUGUCUUAAACAAAAUCGAUGGAGAUAGCGGUGGAGAGGCGACGUCGAACAGUUGGAAGGGGAAUUGGAAAUAGCAGAUGGAGAAGCUAAAUCGUACUGCAGAAGUGGAAAGGUGGGGAAAAGCUUGAUCGAGCUUGGAUGUGACUGGAAGACCGAGAUGCAGGCGGCGGGAACCGGUGUUGUCAACACAUUGUCUGAUUGGAGAAGGAUUUCUUGGAUUCAGGUUUCGUGGUGGUGGAUCACGUUCGAUUUGGCCGAAUUUGAUAUGGGUGGGUGCUUUCCUUGUGUCGGACCAUCGAACAAGAACGGCAGCAGAAACAUCCACGACGAAGCUGGAAGUGGAUGCAAAGAAGCUGCGAAGAAAGAUUUAGCUUCAGUUUCGGACCAUCAAUUAAUAACCUCACUAGGAAUUAAAUGCCUCGGGUGUAACUUCUCUAUAUCAUACUUCAGUGAAGUUCGAUUAACAAAUGGCAACAAGCUCUGAGUUGUUUCUUGUGGAUCCUUUUUUGUUUGCAGGUUGAGAAUCUAGAGGGGAAAAGGUGGGGUUGUUCCUAGGCAUUGAGCAAAGGAGCGAGAUGCUCUUUACUGGAAGAAGGAGCUUAAAUAGUCUGAGGGGGACCUCUAUAGGCUUAAGUAGCAGAUUCUUUGAGCUAUAAAAUCUCAAAUCAUAGCUCGAUGCUGCUUCUGCUUUGGUGGUUGAGCUGAAGGCUUAAUUGGCAGCUUACAUUACAUGGAGUCAAAAGUUAAUUGGCAGCUUACAUUCACUAUACACCAGAGGGACCAUUCUUUCAAGAGUCGACAACCAUUCACUAUCAACCAUUAAAAAAGAAACACUGGCAAGGGACCAUUGUCACCAGCAACAUCCCAAAACAAAUCCCCAAAAACCAAUAAUAGCAUACAAAGAGAAUUCAUUGCCCCUUGCACCCCGUAAAAGAUCACAACAACUAGCUCUCAGGCUCUCAGUUCUUGGCUCUACACAUAGACAGAAGUAGCCUGUCGCUAGACUCAAUUCAUUUGCUGCCAUCCACCUCUCUACUAAUUAAGCCUGGUUCCAGUCUUUGUGACAGAAGCAACCUUCUCUUUAGUAAAGCAAGCCAUCCUUCAGCAACUUCCCGCUCUACUUUCAUUGUACUAAUUAGCCAACUUGUUAGUUGACA